AUGAAAACCUUCCUUGCCAUCGGCACCCUAGCAGCUUUUUGUCAGUCUGCCUUGGGCCUUAACCCGGGGGCUUACACAAUCGGAUCGGCUGCUUUGCAGGACAGUCAAGUCCUGAGUGAAAUCGACGAUGCAAAUGGCCCUCUGGUCUUCUCCACCAAGAACAACGACUCCAACCAAGUUUGGAUCUUCAAUCUAACCGGCACUUAUCGCGAGUUCUUGAUUCAGAGCCAAAACGGCGGCUAUAUCAACUGUGGUACUAUCCCGGGUUCUCCUUGCUUUUCCGGAGAUGAGCCGGAGAUCUACAUAGCGGAGCAGGUCACCGACCACGGCUAUGAGCUUGUUGCAAAGCAGACCGGGUACUUCUUGCGCGCUGAUGGUCAAAACCUGAAAAUUGCUGAAUACGACGGCGGCCAGCCUGACGAGGAAUUUAUCCUGACAUCGAUCCAAUAG